AUGAGAAAUGCAUUUGAUAUAUUCUCUAAUUUUUUUGGUGGACCUGGCGGAAGAGGAGGAAUGGGACGUGAACAGAGAGUACAACGAGGUCCUGAUGCCCAAACCUUUACUGAGUGUUCCUUGAUUGAUGCCUAUAGAGGAGGAAUAUUAGACUUGCAAUUGAACAUGCAGGGAGUCUGUGAUGAAUGUGAUGGUACAGGAUCAGCAGAUGGUCAAGAGCAUAUUUGUUCAGCAUGUCAAGGCCACGGAAUAAGGAUUGUACGUCACCAACUGGCACCAGGUAUGAUUCAACAAAUGCAAACCACCUGUGAUGUGUGUAGAGGUAAAGGAAAGGUGAUUAGCCAACCGUGCUCGGUUUGCAAAGGUGACCGCGUUAUUAGAGAGGAUAGAAAUUACCAUGUUGUGAUAGAGCCUGGUGUGGGCAAGUUCUUUGAUCAUGUUAUCCCAGGAGAAUCAGAUCAAAGCCCUGAUUGGGAUGCUGGUGAUCUUAUCAUUCAUAUCAAGGAGUCACGCGAAAAUAAUAUGGGAUACAGAAGGCGAGGUAGGGAUCUAUUCCGUAAAGAAGUUCUUAGUCUCAAAGAAGCAACUAACGGUGGCUGGAACCGAACAGUCAAAUUCCUCGACGAUUCAGAUAUCAAGCUUUCUCGUAAAGAAGGGAUUUCUGUGACCACUGGAGAGGUACAGAUUAUCAAGAACAAAGGCAUGCCCGUGUUGCACGAGCCAGGAAAAUUUGGUGAUUUAUAUAUAGAGUAUAUUGUGAUAUUACCAGGCAAGAUAACUACACCUGAGGCAUCUCAUGACGAUUUAUAG